CAGAGGCCAACGGUUAAAUGCCCUCUUCCUUCGACACGCUCUUCGGCCCACCCCCGCCCUCUUCAGGUCCCCCGCGCCACGCCACCACCAAGAGUUCCGGCAUUUUCGGCGCUGCGCCGGCGCCCGCGCCGCGCCCGCGCUCGGCUUCGCGCCCACGUGACUCUGGCAUCUUCAGCGGCGGGCCUGCGCCGGCGCGGGCGCGCCAACCGCUCGCGGCCAAGCCUCGCGACGUCCUUGUCCUCGACCAAGGCUCCUACCGGCCCACCUCCGCCGAACGCAAGGACUCGACGCGGCUCGACCCUGUUGCGUGCCGCACCGCCGGCGCCCCGCGGGAGAAGGAGCUCACCAAGGAGCUGCCCGGCUUGCCUCUUCGCCCGCGCAACGGUGCGGUGGGCCGCAACCUGAGCACGUCGGCUGAGGGCGGCGUCUUUGGCGGCGGGCCUGCGCCCGUGCCGAAACCAUACACGGUGCCAUCCUCGAUCUCGAGGCGCAACGCAAGCAGCGUCUUCUCGUGAGCGCCGUGCCCGACUGGCGCCUCUCCCGCAGCAGCUUCGCGGGACGCGGAGUCCGGUCAUUGUACCCGCUCGCUGUGUGCGCCGGGGGCGGCUGGCGGUGCGGGCCCAGGCGACGCGCGAGUGAAUGCCGGCUAUGGCGCCGCCUCCCUUCCAUGACCGGGACGUACUGUAUUCCCGACGUACCAUGAUAUGAGUGUGUGACGCGGGUGGCCCGUCGAUCGUGGACUGCCGUGACGAUCGUGGAUCGAGGAGGUGUGUGAAGGAUGCCCGCCUCGGCUUUUCUGUAACACUACACAAGAAAGAAAAACCUUCCAA